AGGUCUGUGCUGCACAAGCCCAGAACCAGCUUCUUCAGGGCAGGUAGGCUGUGGCCACCCAGGCUGAAGCUCCUUAUGAGCCAGCCUCCCAGACAUGGUCCUCCCAGCUUCUCUCUGCCCGCAGGUCUUCCAACUUGCGGCUCACCUGGUGUACUGGGGCAAGGCCAUCAUCAUCUACCCGCUGUGUGAGAACAAUGUCUACAUGCUGUCUCCUAAUGCCAGUGUGUGUCUGUACUCACCGCUGGCUGAGCAGUUCUCCCACCAGUUCCCAGCUCAUGACCUGCCAUCUGUACUCGCCAAGUUCUCCUUGCCCGUAUCCUUGUCGGAAUUUAGGAACCCUCUGGCCCCCCCUGUGCAAGAGACUCAGCUCAUCCAGAUGGUGGUGUGGAUGCUGCAGCGCCGACUACUCAUUCAGCUGCACACCUAUGUCUGCCUGAUGGCAUCGCCCAGUGAGGAGGAGCCCCGGCCGCGAGAGGACGACAUGCUCUUCACUGCCCGGGUUGGCGGCCGCAGCCUCAGCACGCCCAACGCCCUCAGCUUUGGCUCCCCAACCAGCAGCGACGACAUGACCCUCACUAGCCCCAGCAUGGAUAACUCCAGCGCGGAGCUGCUCCCCAGCGGAGACUCACCACUGAACAAGAGGAUGACAGAGAACCUGCUGGCCAGCCUGUCAGAGCACGAGCGAGCGGCUAUUCUCAGCGUGCCUGCAGCCCAGAACCCUGAGGACCUCCGCAUGUUUGCCAGGUGGGCUUGGGUGACUGUGUAG